GAGCCCGAUGCCAAGAAGCGCGGCCCUGGACGCCCCCGCGGCAACAGGCGCACCGCUCUACUGACCCAUCUAGACGACUACCGCGCCUCGAACCAAGACGAGAAGUACUUCUCGGCACAGAACUUUGUCAGGCAGUUGACCAAGGCAUUCAGUGAUUUCUCAGACACGAUCGUCACUGAGAGCGUCUACAAGUCUGAGACAGAGGCUGCCGCGGAGCUCGGCAAUGACGCGCCCGAGCUGUACAUUGACAGUGAUGAAGUCCAGGCGUUGCGAAAGCAGGGCCAGGAGGCAUUGAAUAUGGCUAAGGCUUGGAUGAAGCCAGGGAGUUUUGACAAGGCGUUUGCUUCCGCGUAUAAGCAGAGCUUCAUGUUUUUGGCCACUCCGCCAGUGGCCAGCGCCCCCUUCCCUCACUGGAUGCUUCAGGAGUUCAUUGCGAAACAGGCUGCGCCACUGGACGAGCACAUGUGGACGCAGCUAGAGCCCAGGAAGCUUACUGAGGCUGGCUUCCCGACACCAGAAGGUCAGCGCGCCAUGACAGUGGACAUGCUCAAGAUGAAAAUCAGCAUGGCCGCCCAGGGCGACCCCAAGUUCCUCCAGCAGGACCUGCUCCGCAUCGCGUCCUCAGUGCCGACGUGGGCAUUGUCCGAGCUCAAGGGCGACAUGUCUGCUUUGAAAACGGUCAUGGGCAUGCUCGACGAGCGGCCGCAAGCCAAGAAGCUCCUUCGUGACGUCGAGGUAGCCAUCGCUGGAUACUCAGCUGGUACAGACCUGCAGAAACGUACGGUGGACGCUGUCAGCAUGGCCGUUGACUACGCCAGGAAGGACGCAACCACCCUGGAUGCGAGGUCCCGUGUCGCCAGCGCGCUGAGCCACCUCGACCGCAUCACGAAGCUCCUUUCAGAGGCAACGCCGUUUUCUACGAGGUACCUGUGCAAGGACAUCGUCGACGAUCCAUUGUAUCAAUACGUGGCGAUCUCCGCGGACCUGAUUCUGUGCAUGGGCCAG